AUGGAAGACCCAAUCUUGUAUGAGGCUUCUGCGGAUAGCAAAAUUGCCUAUUUGACGUUGAAUCGGCCCAAACACCUCAACGCUAUUAAUGAGCAUAUGCCCUCCGCGAUACGCGCUGCAGUUCGGCGGGCAAACGGUGACCCCAAAGUCCGUUGUAUCGUGCUCAAAGGAGCUGGUCAAGGAUUUUGUGGUGGUUAUGACCUUGCCAUCUCCGCCCAAAACGCGACUCGCGGCCAGAGCCAGGGCAGCCAAGACGUCAAAGAUGGCUAUGACCCCUUAAUUGACUAUUCAUUCAUGAGAGAAUAUACUGCUUGUUUCUCGGAGCUUUUCCACAGCAUGAAGCCGACAAUAGCACAGAUUCAUGGCGCCGCGGUCGCAGGGGGAAGCGACAUUGCGCUAUGCUGCGACCUUGUGGUAAUGGCCGAAGAUGCUCGCAUAGGAUAUCCGCCAUCACGGGUCUGGGGGUGUCCAACAACCGCCAUGUGGACUGCACGAAUUGGUCUAGAAAAGGCCAAGCGCAUGUUAUUUACUGGUGACCUAAUCAGUGGAAAAGAAGCCGAGUCAAUGGGACUUGUCUUAAAGGCAGUACCCCAAUCAGACUUGGAAGAAACCGUCCGGUUGCUCACGGAUAGAAUCAAAACGGUGCCUAUCAACCAGAACUGGAUGCACAAGCAGGUGAUUAAUAGUUUUGCCGAAGGGCAAUUACAGCAGGCCCAGCGGUUAGCAACUAUCUUUGAUGGAAUCACACGAAAUUCACCAGAGGGUAUUGCAUUUCAGAGGCUGGCGCAGGACAAAGGUUUCAAAGCUGCAGUGACAGCUAGGGAUACGCCUGGCCGGACUGAAGAAUAUCGUACGAGAUGGAAAAGUGCCUUAUAG